AUGGCGCAGCCCCUGCCGAAGCGCCCGUCACAUCAAUCCGAGAAGGCUGUGGUUGACGCUUCUGUUCACAUUGGGCCCUGGACGCACGUUGAAUAUGUCGGCGAGGGUGCUGCCAACGUCGUAUUCGAAACACGUCAGGCCCCUUCCAACAAAAAGACGGCUGAGCUCGAUAGAACAAGAUACCUCUUGAGGGUGCCAAAGAAGCCCAAAGACCCCGCCAAGCGAUUGCAUGAUGCUUGGUAUCAGUACAACUACAUACGCGGCAAGGUCUUCCCGCUUUUCGAUAAUAAAGACGACCUAUUUGCAAAAUUCACAGUCGCCAAGGUAUCACAAGACACCAUCGUAGGCAUGCGCAACCACUUGAAGGCCAUGGAUGAAGCGAAGCGACGGCCGGCUAAGUUCGUCGGCGACACUGUGGACUGCGGCCGCGAAACCGUCAUCAUGCUCGUCGAAGACAUGCGCCCGAGACCAGGCCUGCGUCAGCACCUCAUUGAAAUCAAGCCCAAGUGGCUUAUCCAAUCUCCCUCGGCCCCCGAAGAUGCCAACACCUGUCGAUGCUGCGCUCUCGCUGCUAAAAAGUUCCACGACUCCAACACACCUAAGGGUAGUAAAAUCAAAGACCAGAAGUACAGCCCUGACGACUAUUCCUGUCCUCUCUGGCUCGACCCCUUGCGAGUCACACCAUCUGACAAGGAGCAAAUUCGGCGCGAAGCAAUCAAGAGGCUAUUCAAAAACGACAAGAACCACACGGAUGUGUACGAAAGACUCAAGCGACUGCCUACCUUGACAAUGUUGAGGAAAAACCAGCUCAGCGCGGACUCUCGCGGCCCUCUCCGCCAGAAGAAAGACGACCCCGGGUUCAGCAUGGCCAUGACACUACGGGACUGCUCUCUUUUUAUACGAUACCAGGAAGGGGAGAAGGGUGGAGUCGUCGAAGGCUCUUUCGAGGCAAGGCUGGCUGAUCUUGACUGCAAAAACGCAGAGUGGAAGUUCGAGGAAUGGCAAGCCAAGGAGCGAGCACUUGUCGAUGAGGGAUGGUAUACUGGCCGUGGUCAGAUGAAGAACUGCGCGCUCUAUCGUCCACUUUCUCAAGCAAAACGCUGA